UUUUAAAUAAUUUCAACUUAAAAAAAAAAAAUAAUUAAAUAAAAACAAACAAAAGUGGAAUUGAUUAAACGGUGAGUUAACGUCAAGGGUGUAAUGCCAGAAUUAAUCAAGGUCAAAAUGAAUGGGGUUAUACCGAGUGUUCCGAUCACUACCCUCGCAGGUAUCGCGAGUCUUACAGACUUAUUGCCGGAAAUGCCCCUACCAACACCUUUACCGCAAGUUGUGACAAAUAAAUCAUUGUUAUUUCAUGCACGUGUUGCAGAAGAAGCAAAAUUACAGCUUAGUAAUAGAGAUGAAACAUUAGUACCACAAUUGAUUCAAGCAUUAUCGCAAACAUCAUCUGAUAAUAUUGAACUGAAAGAUGAGUUUAUCGCACAAUCUGAACAACCGUAUUCUGAAUCAGAACAGCACACUCCAGAAUUAUUAAAAGCUAUAUUAGAAAUAAAUCCUCAUGUAUUCAAAGGUCCACAAUAUAAUAAUUCACGAAGAAUUUGGCCUUGUCCGAAUGCUUCACAAUUAACGAACGCUAAUCAGUCACCAGCAAAUUAUGGGCGAUUUUCACCAUCAUAUUCUAAUUCAUCAGGAUCAAGACAAACACCUCAAGGUAGUCCUGCUCAACCUGCACCCGCUAGAACUGUAUUACCAUCACCACUUUUAACUUCAACAAUAAUAACAACAACAACAACAACAACAGCAACCUCAGCAACCAGUAAUAUAAGUCACAUUCAACAUUCUAGAAUGCCAAUUACACCACAUAAUCAUACUGAUAUCUCACAAAUGUCUCCUUUCGCUGUGCCUUCACCAUCACCUCGUGCAACUGUUAUUACGGAACAAAUAAGAACAUCAACAACACCACACCAUCAUAUACAAGAUGAUGCCAAUUGUAUUACUAAUAAUCAAUUGUCAAAUAUUAAUAAUCCUCAUGGAAAUAUUUAUUCACCAGCUGACUUGGGAUCUCCAAGUACUGCAACAACAAUUAUUCAACAACAACCACCGCAUCAACAUCAACAACAAAUUAAUACUUAUGUUGUACAGCCACAUCAUCAUAACCUUGGUGGUUUAACACCUCAACAUUCAAUGCAUAUUACAUCCCCAAUGCACAGUUCAAUAUCAAAUCAACCAAUCAAUAUUAAUUUACCACAAUCUAUGUAUGAUCCAAUAAUUAAUCAACAGUUACAACAGCAUCCUAUCAAUGUUAAUCACCACACACUGGAUCUUGUUAAUGUUGUACAAGAUAGCUCACAAUUUUUAUUAGACUCUGUUUCUGGACUUCCUGAUAUUGAUUUACCAAUGGAUACCAUUGAUCCUAAGCCACAAAUUCAACAGAGUGUUGAUAAUUUAAUGAAUCAACAACAGCAGCAGCAACAACAACAACAACAACCACAACAGCAACAAUCUGUUUAUCCUAAUAUUAAUCCUGAUAGUGUUGCGAAUGUAUUUGAUUCAAGCCUUACAAUGCCCAUACAUCAUCUUCAUCAUCAUGAGCAACACUCACAACAAUUGCAACAACAAUUGUCACCACAGCAACAUCAUCAUCACCACCAUCAUAUUCAACAUCAACAACAACUUCAACAAUCGCAUAUUCAGGAACAAUAUCAGCAAGAUCAGUUCCAACAGCAGCAAAUAUUGCAACAACAUCAACAACAACAACAACAACAACAACAACAACAAUUACAACAACAGCUAAUACUACAGCAACAGCAGCAUCAACAACAACAACUAUUAUUGCAGCAGCAGCAGCAGCAGCAGCAACAGCAACAGCAACAGCAACAGCAACAACAACAACAACAACAACAACAACAACUUCAGCAACAGCAACAACUACCACAACAGCAAUCAUCUAAUUCAAAUUUACAAUUAUCGUCUCAAACUCCCAAACACCAGCAUGAUCAAAUAAAUGAGCAUGUAAUCAAAGACAUUAAAUUAAUGGGACAAUCAUUUGAUACAAAGUUUAAGGAGCCAGUAGUUAUGUUGAAUAGAAUAUCACUAUCAGAUCAAGUUCUAAUGCAACAAAAAUCACCCAGCCGUGGAGCAACUAAAAUGGGAUUAAAAAAUAAUAACCAUAAUCAGGAUAAUUUAAAAUCAGAUUCAGAAACUGAUGAUGAUAAUGGAAAAAAUAAUAAAUCGUUAUUUAAAUCAUCACCAUCUUCAUCUCGAACAAAAGAUCGUAAUUUAAGAGCUCGAAGACGAAAACGUAUAUUAGAUGAUGAUGAUGAAAUGGAGUGUGGUGAUGACGUAGCGGAUGAUGAUAAUAAUGAUAAUAAAAAAGAAAUAAUACAAACAUCACCGAUAAAACCAAAAAUAAGAAAAAUAGAAAGAAAAUUAGUACCUGUAUUAGCAAAAUUGAGCGUUGAUGAGUUAAUGGAAACAAAUACCUAUCAAUUAUUUAAUUCAAUGAUUGAUACAAUAUUUGAAAAUACGGAAGAUGUUGUUACAAUGGGUGAAAUAGAUGAUGAUGGUGAUGUACCAGCAGAAAUACUUAUACAAAAAUAUGAAUUACAAGCAUUAUGUAAAGAAGCUGCUAAAUUAAAAUCAUUAAGAGCUAUGGAAUCUAUUCCAGCAGACAGGUUGGUAAGAUUAUUAAAUAUAUUGGAAAAAAAUAUUCGUGAUGGUGCUAGAGUAUCGCCUUUGGCUGAUCCAGAUGAUGAUAUUGAAGAAAGUAAAUUGUGGAUGCAAAUGGCCAUGGAAAGGGUAUUACGUGCUGUUGAUGCAUCUGUAAUAGCAUUAAAUAUAAUGACAUCACAAAAUAUGCCAAAAACAGUAUAUUUAGAGGAUGUUAUUGAUCGUAUUGUAUUAUUUAUGAAAUUUCAAUUACAAAAUACAAUAUAUCCAUCAUUUGAUCCUGUUUAUAGAAUAGAUUCAAAAAAUAAGACUGAUUUGAAUUUGAAUGCUGGACGUAAAAAAAGAGGUAAUAUGAAAGAGGUACGUGAAAAAAGUAUACUUGAAGUUUACAAUAAAAUGCGUGAACUAGUUGGUUUACUUGCUGAAUUAUUAAAUAUACAAGUAUUAACUGAUACAAGUGUACUUCAUGCAUCAACACUUGGUGUUGCACCAUUUUUUGUUGAAUCGGUUAAUGAUCUUCAAUUAAGUGCAUUAAAACUUGUAACUGUUAUUUUUACAAAAUAUGAAAAACACAGAAGAUUAUUAUUGGAUGAUAUUCUUGCAUCAAUAGCAAGAUUACCAAGUAGUAAAAGAAGUUUACGUACUUAUAAACUUCAUUCUGGUGAUUAUAUACAAAUGUUAACAGCAUUAGUAUUACAAUUAAUACAGUGUGUUGUUAUAUUACCAGAUAAUUUAAUUCGUCAAGAUCAUCAUAAUCAUCAUAAUAAUAAUAAAUCAUCAUCAUCAUCAUCAUCAUCAUCAUCAUCAUCAUCAUCAACAACAACGACAAAAGAUAUUAAUAAUAGUGAUAAUAAUUUCAAGAAAAAACAAACAACCAGAGAAGAUUUGGAUAAAGAUGAAGAAAGAACAAAAUUUUUACAAAAAGUACUCCUUGAUCAUUUAGCUGUUAAUGGUACUAAUGAUCCAUCAUUAAUUUAUGCACGUCAUUUUUAUUUAGCCCAAUGGUAUCGUGAUUGUGAACAUGAAAAAACUCGUGUUGGUCAAAUAAAAUUAUCUCCAAUCAAAAAAUCAUCAUCACCACAUAAAAGACGUUCACAUAAUAAUAAUAAUAAUAAUAAUAGUGGUAGUGGUAGCAGUAGUAAUAAAAAUCAAAAACGUAAUAAACAUUAUAUUGAAAGUGAUAAAGAAAGUGAUGAUUCUGAUAUUGAAGAAUUAGAUUCGGAUGAAAAUGACAAUAAUGAAAAAAAAAAUUCUGAAGCUUAUAGAAUAAUAGAAGAAAAGAAAAAAUUUAUAUUAACUUCAAUCCGUCCUUGCAGUUCAUCAACAAAACCAGAUAUCUUACAAACAUACAUUGAUUAUAAUUCAGCAGAAUUAAUAUCACAAUAUUUAGCAUCUAAAAGACCAUUUUCACAAAGUUUUGAUAAAUAUUUAAAACAAAUACUUCAUGUAUUAACAGAAUCAUCUAUAGCUAUAAGAACAAAAGCUAUGAAAUGUUUAACAACAAUUGUUGAAGCUGAUCCAAGUGUACUUGCACGUGGUGAUAUGCAAUUAGGUGUUCGACAUUCAUUUUUAGAUCAUUCAACGUCUGUUCGUGAAGCUGCUGUUGAUUUAGUUGGUAAAUUUGUAUUGAGUCGACCGGAACUUAUUGAUAAAUAUUAUGAUAUGUUAUUGGCUCGAAUACUUGAUACUGGAGUAAGUGUUCGUAAAAGAGUUAUUAAAAUUUUAAAGGAUAUUUGUGUUGAGUGUCCAGAUUUUUCUAAAAUACCUGAAAUAUGUGGUAAAAUGAUACGUCGAGUUAAUGAUGAAGAGGGUAUACGACGAUUAGUUAUGGAAGUAUUUCAAAAUAUGUGGUUUACACCUAUUAAAUCAACUCCAAUACUUGAUUCAAAAGCAUUAUUAAGAAAAGUUAUGAAUAUAACAGACGUUGUUGCUACCAAUAAAGAUGCUGGAUUAGAAUGGUUUGAACAAUUACUUGUUAGUUUAUUUAAACCUAAAGAAGAUAAAGAAGACAGUACUAAAUUACUAACUGAACCACCAAAAGCUUUAUUAACAGCUUGUCAACAAAUAGUUGAUUGUUUAAUUCAAAAUAUAUUAAAAUUAGAUGAACAAUCAAUGAACAAUUCAGAUGCUGUUAAUAGUAAUAAUAAUAAUAAAAAUAAUAAUAACAACAAUAAUAAUAACAAUAGAGAUGAGAAAAAAGGACCACCGUCUCAACGACUUGUUGCCUGUAUGACAACACUUUAUUUAUUUGCUAAAAUACGACCACAAUUAUUGGUUGAACAUGCUAGUACAUUACAACCGUAUCUUGGUUUAAAAUGUCAAACACAAGGUGAUUAUCAAAUAAUAAGUUGUGUUGCUCAUACAUUAGAGCUUGUUGUACCAUUAAUGCAACAUCCUAGUGAAACAUUUUUAGCACAAUUAGAAGAGGAUUCUAUUAAAUUAAUUCUUCAACAUGAUAAAUCAGUUGUUGCUAGUUGUUUAUCAUGUUUAGGAUCAAUUGUUAAUAAUGUUACUAAAAAUUUCAGUUUAAUACGUGAUUGUUUUACUAAAUAUUAUAAAUAUUUAACAUAUUAUAAAGCUGGACAUGAAAUAGAUCCAAAUAGUCAAAAAUUAUUAAAUGGACGUCCAUUAUUUAGACGGGCAUUAUUUACUGUUGGAUUAUUAUUACGACAUUUUGAUUUUACAGAUCCUCAAGUAAUAGAUGGCUUACCAGAUAAUAUUAAAGAUCAAGUAUUUGAAACAAUGAGUUAUUUUGUUAAUCAAGAUAAUAAUGAUAUACGUCAACAUACAUUAACAGCUAUUGGUUCUAUUUGUAUUCGUUAUUCAGAAUUUAUGUUACAACCUGAAUUAAAAGAACUUUAUCAUUAUUUAUUAACAUCUGAUAAUGCAUUAGAUAAUAUGAAAGUUCAAGUAUUAAAUAAUAUUGAAAUAUAUUUACAAGAAGAGGAAAAAAGAAUGAUUAAACAGGAUCAAGCGUGGGCUAAAUUAUGUAAACAAGAAAAUUUAAAAGAAAUGGGUGAUGUAUCAUCUGGUAUGGCUAGUACUAUUAUACAAUUAUAUCUUAAAGAAAUACUUGAAUCAUUUAUAAAUCCAAAUCUUCGUGUACGUCAAGCAGCAUGUAAAGUUAUACAAUUAAUAUUAGCUCAAGGAUUAGUUUAUCCUAUUCAAAUAAUACCUGUUCUUAUUUGUAUGAGCACUGAUAUUGAUGUUAGUGUUAGUCAUAGUGCUGAUAAUCAAUUACAAGAAAUAGAAAGAAAAUAUCCUAGUUUUAUUCAUAUGCAAUCACAGUAUGGAAUUAAACUAAGUUAUAGACUUCAAAAAAUAUUACAAAAUAAUAUUACUGUUAGAGGUAUGAGAUUAAAAGAUGGUGAAUUUCCCAGUGCAUUAAAUGGUUUUUUAUAUACUAUAUUAAGAAAUACUAAACAACAACGUCGUGCUAUUGCUAUUUCAUUUUUAAAACAAUUUGAAGAAUCUGCUAAAUCAAGUUUAUCACAAAUGUUAUAUCUUGCUGAUAAUUUAGCAUAUUUUACAUAUCAAGUUCAAGAUGAACCACUAUUUAUUAUUCAUCAUAUUGAUAUUAUAAUAUCUAUGUCUGGUGAUAAUUUAUUACAAUCAUUUAAAGAAGCUUUAUUACCUAAAUUAACAACAACAACAACAACAACAACAACAACAACAACAACAUUAACAACAAAUAGUAAUAACUCGACAAAUUCAUCAUCUAUAGAACCCCAACAGCAACAACUAUUACAAAAUCUUGAACAUUCUGAAGAACAACAACAACAACAGCAACAACAACCUCAACGUUAUACACUUGAAGAUGUUGCGCAGUUAGCUGAAUAUAGUGCAAAUAUGUAUGCUAAAACUCCAGCACAAAAAGCCCAUUAUAUUCAAUAUUAUACUCAAUAUUAUCAGAAUCAAAUAAGCCAAGGUUCAUUAAUAACCUUACCAUCAUUAAAUCAAACAGAUAGAGUUAAUGCUGCUGCAGCAGUUGCACAAUCAGCUAUACAGCAACUUCAAGCAGCCCGUAAAUUAGGUGAUGCUGAAGAAAUGAGAAGUAGGCCAACGCCAACAGCACCAGCUACAACUAAUUUAUCCACUGGAAGAGUUCCAGCUCACGCAAAUGAUGGUAAAAUUUACUCUAUACCUGAUGUCAGCACUUAUCAUUAUGAUGAAAUAUCUGGAUAUUAUUAUGAUCCUAGCACUGGAUUGUAUUAUGAUUCAAAUUCACAGUAUUAUUACAACAGUCACACACAACAAUUUCUUUAUUGGGACGCAGAAUCAUUUUCUUAUCAACCGGCAAAGACAAAUGUUGGUGGAAUUAUUUCCGCAACAGGUGUAACAUCAGCAAUUGGAUCAAUAGGUGAUGCUCCAAGUAAUAAUCCUAUAAUAACAUACUCAGCUCAAGAAUCAUUAUUAAAAUUGGAUGAUGAUGGUAAAAAAAAGGAUGUUAAACAAGAUAAAGUAAAAGUCGCUAAAAAAAUAGCUAAAGAUAUGGAACGUUGGGCUAAAACAUUAAAUCAAAAGAAAGAAAAUGCUAAAAGUAAUUGGACUGUUGAUUUGGGAACUUCUGGACUAGGAGUAAAUAGUGGUAAUGAUAACAAUUAUUCAUAUCAAAGCAAUUUAUCAGCAAGUGGUGGUGGUAUCAGUGGUGUUACUGGUAUCACUACUGGUGGUGCUGCUGAUGCUGGUUAUGCAAUAUUGGAAAAAAAAUCAUCAUCAUCAUCAUCAUCUAUUGUUAAUAAUAAUAGUUAUCAAGAUGAUGAUGAUCCCGGAAAUAAUAAUGGUUUAGUAGCUGCUUAUGGGGGUGGUAGUGAUACUGAAGAAGAAAUAGAAGAUGUACAGCAGGAAGAUCGUCAACACACUGAUUGGAUUAAAAUAGCGUGUUUAUUGUGUAAACGUCAAUUUCCAAGUAAAGAUGCAUUAUUACGUCAUCAACAGCUCUCUGAUUUACAUAAACAAAAUCUUGAAAAUUGGUAUCAAGUUAGAGGUUUAGAUCCAAAUGAUCCACAACAAAGGAAUAAUAAAUAUAGAGAUCGUGCUAAAGAGCGUAGAGCCAAGUACGGUGAACCAGAUCCACCACAACCAAAUAAGCUUAAAGAAAAAUAUUUAAAAACACGAAUCGAAGAGGCUGAAUCAUCAUCUUUAUCUUCUAAUUACAAUCAAGACUCUAAUAAAAAUAAUCCAACUGUUAUUGGUUCUGACAAUGUCGGUAAUAAAUUAUUACAAAAAAUGGGAUGGAGUGAAGGUAUGGGCUUAGGUAAAACUAAUCAAGGACGUACAAGUAUUAUUGAAGCUGAAAGACGAGUAUCAACUGCUGGUCUUGGAGCUAAAACAUCUACUUAUAGUGCUUUACCUGGUGAUACUUAUAAAGAUUGUGUCAAAAAAAUGAUGUACGCUCGUUAUCAAGAAUUAUCUGAUACGUAAUAUAUUUACCAUUUUUUUUUUUUUUUUUUUUUUUUCUCAUUUUUAUUAAA